CUCAUUAACAAAGGAAAAUCCAUUCAAAAACUGAAAAACAACACAGGGAAAACAGUAGAAACCAAGAAUUUAUACAGUUAGGAAAAGAGUUAUAGGGUGGCGACUAGAAAUCCAGAAGGGGAGACGCGUGGAAGCCGUCUCCAGGUGUUCCUUUCAUCAUUGUUAGCCAGCAUUGGUGGAGUUUUAGGCCAGGUUGUAGAACAAGAAGAAGAACCAGAGAUGGCGUCUACAGCUAUUGUUCCUCAGGAGGAAAACAAUGAAGAAGUGAAGCAGAAAAAUGUAAUAGCAGAUGGAAGGAAUCGAAGAGUUCUUCAAGACAUUGGCAAUUUUGUCAAUGAACGAGCAGCACAGGGAAAGAAACCAAUUACUGAAGGAGUUGCUGCUGUUGCACAAGCUCUGAAAAGAGGUGGUGGUGCAGUGACAAAGGUGGUAGUAGCUCAAAGAAAGGUAGUUGACAAACUAAAACAUGAGACUGUGAUCGUAAUAAGUUCUGAUGAAAAAACUGAGAAAAGCAGAAAUGUUACCAGAAGAGAAGAAUCUUCAAGGAAGGAAGUUAAAACCCUCACUUCAAUCCUCUCUGCUCGAAGCAAGGCUGUUUGUGGUCUUACCAAUAAGCCUAAAGAUUCCAUUGAGGACAUUGAUGGAGCUGAUGUUGGUAAUGAAUUGGCUGUUACUGAAUAUGUGGAUGAUAUCUAUAAGUUCUACAAGCUCACAGAAGACGAAGGUCGAGUACAUGACUAUAUCGAUUUGCAGCCUGAUAUCAAUGCAAAGAUGAGAUCAAUCCUCAUGGACUGGUUGAUUGAAGUCCACCGCAAAUUCGACCUUAUGCCAGAAACACUAUAUCUUACCAUGAAUAUUGUUGAUCGAUUCCUUUCGAUGAAGGUUGUAUCAAGAAAGGAACUACAGUUAGUAGGAAUUAGUGCAAUGCUAAUAGCAUGCAAGUACGAAGAGAUUUGGGCACCAGAGGUCAAUGACUUUGUUUUCAUAUCAGACAAUGCUUAUGUUAGAGAGCAGGUCUUGGCCAUGGAGAAAGCAAUCUUGGAUAGGUUAGAAUGGUACCUAACAAUUCCUACACCGUAUGUCUUCCUCGUUCGGUACAUCAAAGCCUCUAUUCCAUCUGAUGAUAAGAUGGAGGACUUGGUGUUUUUCCUUGCUGAGCUUGGUCUGAUGCAAUACCCAACUGUUGUUUUGUACUGUCCUUCCAUGUUAGCUGCUGCUGCGGUGUAUGCUGCAAGAUGCACCCUUGACAAGAGCCCUCUUUGGAGUGAAACUCUAAAGCACCACACAGGCUACUCUGAAGGCCAGCUUAUGAAUUGUGCAAAACUCUUGGUUAAAUUUCACUCCACAGCUUCAGAAAGCAAGCUCAAGGCAGUGUAUCGGAAAUUCUCGACUCCAGAUCGCUGUGCCGUCGCUCUUCUUUCGCCCGCAAAAAGCCUUUUGUCAAAUCAUUGUGGAGAGUUAUUCUGAAUUCAGAUGAUUUGCCAAAUCAGGAUGUUGUUUGUAUAUUUUGUUCUUUGUUUGGGUUGGACUAUCUAUUAUUAGGAAUUUGAUAUUGACCAAGUGUGAUGUUUGUAAAGGUUGAUGCUUAGUUGCAUUUUGCUUUUAAUCUCAUGUAAACUAAUUUCUCAUUUACUUGACUCUUUGUUGUUUCUCACAUGUAAUGUACCCUUUGUAUUUUCCACUUGCACCAACCUGAUUGGAUAAAAAACCCAAGUAUGAAACACUUUAUCAGGUGUUAACACUGAUUUGACAUAGAAAAGUGAAUUUCGCUACUGAUUGGAUAAAAACCCAAGUAUGGAAACCCUUUCCUCUUUUAUCAUCUGUGACAUAGAAAAGUUUCCUCUUUAUUACUAUUUUUUUAUUACAUCAAGAUAAAAUCUUAAUAUAUAAGAGAAAAAAAAAAUUUUACUCGAGACCAAACCUUUUACGUCUCUUCAAAUACCUUUAACGAUUCCGUCUGGGACUCCUCUU